CCCAUCUUUCUCACAUUUACCGCGACGUGAAUGCUUUAGCUACCUGAUCCUGCCGGACAGGGUCGACCAACCUCCCCAGUGACCACACAAUUAGUCUCGUACAGCCAGCUCAUCUGAGCCGGCUUUACACAAUAUCCUGUCACAUAUCAUAUCAUCCAACAACUCGACUUGUACAGUCCAGUCCAGUCCAGUCCGCGGAGCUCCAACCCCAACAACACCUAUCACAUCUAUCCGAUCUAUCAACAACAACAAACAGCAUACAUACAUACCCGUGCUAUCUACCUUACCCGAUCCCACCCCUCCACCAUCCCACACUCCACAUCAUUGGAAAAGAAAAACAUUGAACAUCUGUUCACUUCCCAAAUAUAACCACCCACCCUAACACACUUCUACAAACGUGACCGAGCCAAAUACCCCACUCACAACUCACAAGAACCAUCCAACCAAAAUGUUCCACCCCAACAUCCCCAUGCCCGGUCGUCGCGAACAAAACCCCAUCGUGAUAGCCGACGACUCCUCCGACUCCUCCGACUCCUCCAACGACAUCAUCCCCGAAGAAGACGAACAGGAAGACGACCAAUACCAGGACCAAAUCGAGGAAGAGGACUCCGAUGACGACCUCGAUCACGACACCGACUCGGAUGAAAUGGAAUUAGAUUAUUCGUUGCAUUCGAGACCGAGGGAUGGGAUUAUGGGGUUUGCCUACCCCACAACACCCACCACCCAUCUAGGCCCAACAUUAUACCAAGCGACCCUCGAACAAGAACGUCGAUUGCGGACUCGUCUUCGUGAAGAACGACAUGCUGCGCUUUGUGUCCUUCUCGAUAGAGAGUUACUUACUAUUCAGGCUUUGGCGGCGCAGGAGACCCUCCCUCAAUGCCGUCGUCGGUUCCUCUCCCGCCUUCUCGCCCCCGAGGACCCCGAAUCCGCGGCCUCGAUUCGCGCAGACCGAUUCACGGUCCAGCAUGCCCAUCCCUCUACUUCAAGCGGGGGGUUCUCUGCCUCUUCUGCGGCGAUGAUUGUUCCGCGUCGGGUGGUCGAUGUGUAUGAGACGGAUGAUGCGGGGUGGAGACGGCCCGAGAGGGGGGUUCGAGGAGGAGGAGGAGGAGGGUGUCAAGGGAGCGGGAUGCAGUCGUCGCCUGGGUCGGUGGGGUCGGGGUCGGGGUCGUCGGCGAAGAUGAAGGGGAGGAUGGGGACGCCGGAUCGGGUGGGGAGGGGGACCAGGGGACGGGGAUUGCAGUCUUCUUCGUAUCGGGAGAGGGAUAGGGAGAGGGAAAGGGAACGGAGGAGGGGGUUGUUUUGA